GUACAGUAUUCGCUCUUAAUCCCAGGUCUGCGAAAAGCGCAAGCCUAAUCGAAGGCGCUAAUCAAUCUCGCAGCAAAUUAGCAUCAAGUCCAGCGAUAGUCAUCUAGGCCCCCAUUCAAGAUCAAAAACGCGGUCGGUUUAAGUUACAGGUAGUGUGCAAAAGAGUACGACUGGGCAGCGGGGGCAUAGAGUGCUACAUAAUACUGGACGCACAACUUUUGUUGCGCACUAUAUAGGGGUGUGCACUCAGUCGUUUUGGUGCAGAACUGAGAGGGUUAUCAAAGUUCAAUUGUGGCUUCUCAAGAUUCCAAAGUGUUGUGAAACGCCCUCUCUGAUUUCUGCUGGUGGAAACCUCGGUAACAUCAUAAACAUGGAGUCCGCUAUCCACAACGGGAGCGACAAGGACGCCCAGGAACCGCCAACAAUCGUUCGGCCAUAUUCUGUGGCGUCUGAGGAGAUGGAGACCUCGGCCGCGUCAAUCCCGCCGGUGGAAAGCACUGCACCUCUCGAGACUGUUCCGCGAACCGCCGUGGACAAGAUUGCGAGGGUCCUCGAACAGGGUGCACCGCGAAAUCCAUCCCCUGUACCUCUGUCACAAGCGCCGGAAACCGCAGCCGAUGCCUCCGUCAAAAGCGAGUUCCUCAAACGACAGCAUGUACCAAAAGUCAACUCGUUCCGGAAUGUCACCCGGGCCGCUGUCGUGGCCAAUGUGAUCGGGAAGAGCGACACAUCAACGGCUGCAGCAAAGAAAGGCGGGACAGGCCUUACGGCACAACAGGCCAUGACCCGACUGACAGGUGUGAUCUUCGACAACGAAGGAGAGAUCCCGGCAGUUCUACGGGGCUUGGCGAUCAAGACGGUGGAGUCCAUGGACAAAGCGCGAGAUCAGGUCGAUACCUACAAACCGAUCGUGGAGCACCUCAUUUACUGGGAGAACCUUAAGAUCGCUCUGUACUUCAACACGGCCAUCGUCUCGACGUUCCUGCUUACGAAACUGGGCUUCGGCUUCGGAACCGUUAUCAUCAUUCUCAUUUUCGUGAUUGCUGCAUUCCGCCGGAAUCAAGCGAGGCUGCGACGGAAGAUUCGAAACGAGCUCAACAAGCAUUUCAGCGUUAAGAAAGUGGAUACGGAUAGUGAGACGGUUGAAUGGAUGAACCUGUUCCUGUCGCGCUUUUGGUUGAUCUUCGAGCCCAGUCUUGCUGAAGGCGUGCAAACCAAUGUCAACGCAGUGCUGGAAGCCAACAAGCCAGGGUUUCUGGAUGAUCUCCGGCUGACCACGUUCACCCUAGGAUCGCAGGCGCCUCGCGUUGAGAGCAUCCGAUGUUACCCAUCCACCAGUGAUGACAUCUUGAUGAUGGACUGGGACCUGAGUUUCAGUCCUGUGGACGAAGACUCCGUGUCGAAAAAGGCUCGGCAAACCUCAGAACUUCGUAACUCCAAAAUUGAGCUUACGGCCAGGGUCGGAAAAGGCGUCGCUUCCAUCCCCCUUCCGGUGUUGGUCAGCGAAUGCGAGUUUCGUGGGAAGGCAAGAAUUCAAUUGAAGUUCAUGACUUCCUUUCCGCACAUCAAAACUGUCGAGUUUUGUUUGUUGGAGAAACCUAUGAUCGACUUCAUCGUCAGGCCUCUCAAAGGAAUGGAUCUCAUGGACACCCCCGGGCUGAGCAACUUCAUCUUCGACACCAUCUACUUCUAUACCAAUCAAAUCCUGGUGGACCCCAACAAGAUCACCAUUGAUCUCGAGCAGUUGUUGGGCUCAUCUACAGAAGCAGACAAACCCGUAGGUGUGCUUCGCAUUGCCUUAUACGAAGGGAAGGGACUGCGGAACGUGGAACUUGCCGGCAAAAGUGAUCCUUACGCGAGGGUCAUGAUUGGUGGAAAACCAGUCGCCAGGACCAAGACGAUCGAUAACUCCCUAGACCCCGUGUGGGAUGAGACCCAUCACAUUGUCAUCUCCAAGUCGACUUUGGCACAGGUUGGGAGCAACUCUGACGAACUCCUCGUGGAAUGUUUCGAUUUCAACGGGAUCUCCAAAGACAAAUCGCUCGGUAAAACAGCACCGCUGCGUCUGGCUCGGUGGAUCAAACUCCUCGAGGAUGCCACUUACAAGGAAGAAGUCGAUGAGUCGCCUCUAUUGGAAGGCGAGCGCGACAUGUUGCUUCACGAAUGGGGUUCCCCUAUCGGGGACGUUGGCACAGACGUUUGGAAGAAGCUGGCCACAGACAACGGCGCCAAAGGAGAUAUCCGCCUGCAAUUGAACUACUUCCCGGUGCAUGAUCUCGGCCCGGAAAUCACCGUCGUCGAGGUUCCGGCAGGUAUCCUCGAAAUCGCGAUACACCAAGGUCGUGAGUUGGCUUGUUCCAAAAACGGCCACCCGGAGUGCUCCAUCGAACAGGACGGUAUGGAGAUUUUCCGUACCCCGUCCAAGAAGAAGACAAACAACCCUAUAUGGGAAACCAGAAACACAAUCUUCGUCACCGAUCUUGACUCCGUGAAACUCAAAUUCCGUGUGUGGAAUGAUGGAAAGACGCUAGGUGCCUGUGAGAUAAGUCCGAGGCAGUUCAUUGGCAAAGAGGCCACGGACGAUUGGUUCGGCUUAUUCGGCAAAGACGCCAGUGGACGACUUCGCGUCACCUUCAAAUUCACGCCAGUGGAUCUCGAAGGCACUGGGGUUGAUCGCAACAAGGUUCAGCGCCGCCAACCCACUGCGUUGUUGCGAUUGCAUGUUAUUGAGGCGAAGGGACUGGCAAACGUCGAGAUCAUGGGCAAAUCCGAUCCGUACACAAAGCUGAAUUUGGCAGGUCGAGCCUUCGGAGCCACGCAUGUAAAGAACAGUGUGCUGGAUCCGAAAUGGGACGAAAUCUUCUAUGCAGUUUGCUAUAGCAACCAGGAAAUGUUGAACCUCUCUGUUUGGGAUUGGAACGACUUCAAGAAGGAUCGGACGUUGGGGAAGACCGAAUUCAUGGUGGGCGACCUGAUCAAGAAUGAGUCCACACCAGAAGCUGGGGUCGAUUCCGAGUUGCCUGGUAUCAGAACGCCACCCAAUGUCGGAAUGACCGAAGAGGCGUGGGCGAAAUUGGAGAAGGAUGGUUUGAAGGUCGUUCGCACCGGGAUGACUGCCGACGUUUGGGCGCCACUCUACAUCCAAAAAUCGGCUGCUGACGACUACGCAAGUCAACAACCCAGCAAAGCUAACAGUCCAGAGGGCUCCGUCGAACAGCUGAACGCGGACGCAGCCCCUGCGUCAAAGAAGGGCUUCCCUAAAGUGAUGUCGAUAGAAGGCCUCGCGAACGUCGGGCGCAGCUCAGGAACCGUCAAGGAACCGCGUCAGAAAGGGUUCAUCCAUUUCGUCGUCGAUUACUUCCCAGUAGUCGGUGACAAGAUCAUUCAUGCAGAGCGCGAAAUGGUACUGAGGAAACAACCUGAGCCUUACAAGCCACCAAUCACCGAAGAUGGUGAACCGCUUGACGACGCAAUAUUGCGCGCACACGAGAAACAGGCUGCGUUAGACCUAGAAAAGUGGCAUGAGGACGCUGUUGCGCACCAAACGCAUCACGCAGCUCGUGUUGAGUUCGUCUCUUCAACUCUCAAGGAGCUUCCGUCCGGAAUCAUUUCGGUUCGCUUGCAAGAUGCGCAGGAUCUCAGAGUUCCGGUCAAUGGAUACGUGGAGCUCCUGCUGGAUGACGAGCCGGUCUGGCAGUCAAAGACGAAGAAGCACACGGCACGCCCGUCAUGGAGCGAGUCGAUUGACAAGUACAUCUCGAAUCUGGCGAAGAGCAAUCUGAGUUUGGCGUUGCGGAACCAGCUGGAUAGUAAAGAGAGAUCUGUUGGCGACCCUGUAGUUGGGGUAUGGACGGGCGAUUUUACGGAGUUACUGGGUAGAGCCAGUCACUGGAUUGCUUUGCAUGACCCACAGGGCCUUCCCGCAGGCAGGCUGCGAUUAAGCAUCGGUUUUGCGCCCGUGGCGGUUGAGGGAGACGGCUCGGAAGCUGCUGGCGGAAUGGGCAUGCUUCACAUCGAUGUUUUGGAAGCUAAGGACGUCGAAGGUGUUGACACGUCCGGCGCCAGCGACCCGUACUGUCAAGUCUACGUGAACGAGAACAAGGUCCACAAGACGAAAGUUGUCAAGAAGUCUCUGCAUCCCGUUUGGAACGAGACCGUUUCUGUACCCAUCACAUCCCGCUUGCGCUCGACACUCGAAGUCCGCGUGAAAGACUGGAACAAUUUCGCAAAAGAUAUCACCUUGGGCUCUGUCCGCGUCCAACUAGCGAAACUACCGCCCAACGAAGUAAUCACCAAGGAAUACCCAUUGGAAGGCGCCCGGAGCGGGCACCUGAAGCUCCGCAUGUUCUUCGAUCCUCAAGCCCUCGAGAAAGGGAAGGACUCCCACAAUGGCACCGCAACAUCGCUUCUACGGGGCGGUGAUACUCAUGACGCCAGUUCCCGCCUGACUGCAGAAGAAGGUAGCGCGGUGAAGAAGACUAGCAAAGCGCUGUUUGGGAAACUGGCAGGGACAACGAUUGGCAUCGGAAAGACUUUGGACAAUAGCGUCGGCAGGGUUGCCACCAGGUCUGACAAGCAUACGAAGGGCGCGCCGUCCAUGAAUGUCGAAGAGAUUGCAAAAUUGCACGGUAUUGUCGGCGCGCCAACCGUAGUGGAGAACGAGGCAGCUGACCCGGCUUUGGAAGGUGCAGGAGGAGCAAGUAUUUCUCCCGGAGGCUUGUCCCGCACACCGUCCCUUCUAUUCUCGAACCUGGAGGGCUCCAUGACACUUACAAUUUUGGAGGCGUCAGGCCUGAAAGCCGUGGAUUCUGGAGGCACAUCUGAUCCGUUCGUGAAGAUCAUGCAGAUGCACCGUGGCAAACUGAAGACGAUUCACAAGACUUCGGUGGUCAAGAAGACGUGCGAUCCGAAGUUCAAAGAUGAGAGGGUUACCAUUGUCGUGCCGCCAACGCAAAUCCGCCUGGUCGUGAAAGACCACAACACCCUGCAAAAAGAUGUCGCGUUGGGCGAGGCUGACAUUGAACUUGCCGAGUGGUUUGGCAACCCUCAGGCGCCGACCACCAUCGAAAAGUGGGUGCCUCUCGCUGUCGGGGGGACCGGCCAGGUCCUCAUCCGCGCGGAGUUUGCCGCCGGUGUUGGAACGUCCAUCAAGUCCGGACAUGUCAGUCGCGGCAGCAUAUCCUCUGUUGCGUCGAUUGGAAGAGAUGCCCCUGGUCUAGGUACCGCCGGCGGAUUGAAUUCGAGUAGAGGCGGAAGUCCCAUCGGAAGCCCGCCCACCCUCCGGAGAAGCAUCAGUUUCUCAAGCCUGGGAUUGAAGCCGAGGAAGAAGGCGGGUGAGGGGAGCACCUUUAGCGGGCUUGGGAGGCAGGCUUCAUAAGCAAAGUUUGCUAACCGAUGGUGAUAAAUUCACGGGAGGGUGGCUUAGAGUAAGAUAUAGUUAGGUUCGCAAGCAAAUGCAGAAAGAAUUAGGCGCUAUCGAAUUACUACUAGCAAUCAGCUACAAAUAUUAAAUCGA